AUGGAAGCAUAUAGUAAAUUUGAUUUUGACGGAAAUGAAAAUUUUUAGUAAUAUCUACUAAAUGUCUAUCCCUUGCCUCCAAAUAUAGAUAAAAUUAAACGCAAAUGGUAUAAAAAAUAUAUUGACCCAGAAUUUGAUAUCAAUACAGAAUCUUAAAAUCCUAAUCCAAACACUUAAUCAUAAAAAUAAGAAAAUUAUUAGUAAUCAUAAUAAUCAUAAUAAUCAUAAUAAUCAUAGUAAUAAUAAUAAUAAUAAUAAUAACAAUAAUAAUAAUUACCAUCUAUUCCUAUUUUAACAGUUAUAGAAGGAAUACUUAAAGUGAUAUAUUUUCCUGCAUUAUUGUUCUUAUUUUCACCUUAAUUGUACAAAUUUUUAAAUUUUGGAUCUAUCUUUAUUUGCUUGCUUGCUAUACAUCGUUUAUAAGGACUACCAAAUAGAAAUAAUUACAAAGAAUAUAUUUUAAAAAUAAUAUAACUUGAAUUCACAUCAAAUAUUUUCUAUAUCGUUUCUUUAUUUACGAUUGAUAGUUUUGCAUUUUAAAUACCAAUUGCUUUACAUUUUUUAGUUGGAGCUGCAGAGUUUUGGACAUAAAUUAAUCCAUAAUAAGAAAUUUCAUUGAAAAUAACUAGGUAUCUACAAGAUAAUAGAAGUGAAGUAAUCCUAACAAAAUAGAAAAUAGAGAUUUACUUAUUCCUUUAUUGUGUAUUUGGAAUCUUCUUAAAAAAAACAUCAUUUAUUCAUGCAAUAAUUAUUUUCUAAAAUGUCUUACUCAAAACUAAAUUUAAUAAAAAUAUGAAAAAUGCCCAAGCAUAUAUUAGAGUAUGGUAUGCUGAUAAAUUAAGUGAAAAUAAAAAAUUACCUGAAGGUGUACGCAAAAUUCUAAAUAUUAUAUGGAGAGGUUAUGAAAAGUUAAUAAACCUCAUAUGAGU